AUGUCUGAUUUGCAAGAUCAAGAGCCAACUAUUAUUAUCAAUGGUGAUCUUCCACCAGUAGAAGAAGAGGAAGUCUAUGAGCAGGAAGAGCAAGAGGAAGUUGUUGAGGAGAAGCCAAAGAAGAAAGUUGCCUUUACCGGUCUAGAGGAUGGUGAAUCUGAGGAAGAGAAGAGAAAGAGAGAGUUUGAAGAAGGUGGUGGAUUGCCAGAGCAGCCAGAAAACCCAGACUUUACUAAGUUGAACCCACUUUCUGCUGAGAUUAUUAACAGACAAGCUACUAUCAACAUCGGUACUAUUGGUCAUGUCGCUCACGGUAAGUCUACUGUUGUCAGAGCCAUCUCUGGUGUCCAAACCGUUCGUUUCAAGGAUGAGUUGGAACGUAACAUUACUAUCAAGCUGGGUUAUGCCAAUGCUAAGAUAUAUAAGUGUCAAGAGCCUACAUGUCCAGAACCAGACUGUUACAGAUCUUUCAAGUCUGACAAAGAAAUUAAUCCAAAGUGUCAAAGACCAGGUUGCCCAGGCCGUUACAAACUUGUUCGUCACGUCUCUUUCGUCGAUUGUCCAGGUCACGAUAUUCUAAUGAGUACUAUGUUGUCCGGUGCCGCUGUCAUGGACGCAGCCUUGUUAUUGAUCGCCGGUAAUGAAUCUUGUCCACAACCUCAAACUUCUGAACAUUUGGCUGCCAUUGAAAUCAUGAAGUUAAAGCACGUUAUUAUUCUACAGAACAAGGUCGAUUUAAUGCGUGAAGAAAGCGCACUAGAACAUGAAAAGUCUAUCCUGAAAUUUAUCAGAGGUACUAUUGCUGACGGUGCUCCAAUUGUCCCAAUUUCCGCUCAAUUGAAAUACAACAUCGAUGCAGUCAAUGAAUUUAUCGUGAAGACUAUCCCUGUUCCACCAAGAGAUUUCAUGCUUUCUCCACGUUUGAUUGUCAUUCGUUCUUUCGAUGUUAACAAGCCAGGUGCUGAAAUCGAUGAUUUGAAGGGUGGUGUUGCAGGUGGUUCCAUCUUGAACGGUGUGUUCAAGUUGGGUGAUGAGAUUGAAAUUAGACCAGGUAUUGUCACUAAGGAUGAUAAGGGUAAGAUCCAAUGUAAGCCAAUUUUCUCCAACAUUGUCUCUCUAUUUGCUGAACAAAAUGACUUGAAGUUUGCAGUCCCAGGUGGUCUGAUUGGUGUUGGUACAAAGGUCGAUCCUACCUUAUGUAGAGCUGAUCGUCUUGUCGGUCAAGUUGUCGGUGCCAAGGGUCACCUACCAAGCAUUUACACAGAUAUUGAAAUCAACUACUUCCUACUGCGUCGUCUAUUAGGUGUUAAGACUGAGAAACAAGCCAAGGUCAGAAAGCUGGUUGCCAACGAAGUUCUUAUGGUUAACAUUGGUUCUACUGCCACUGGUGCCCGUGUCGUUGCUGUCAAGGCUGAUAUGGCUAGAUUGCAACUAACAUCCCCAGCAUGUACAGAAAUCAAUGAAAAGAUUGCUCUCUCUAGACGUAUUGACAAGCACUGGCGUUUAAUUGGUUGGGCUACAAUCAAGAAAGGUACCACUUUGGAACCAGUUGUCUAA